AUGGCCACUCAGACUUUGCCUAUGGCUCUUCCAAAUCAGGGAGUUGUAGCCACCAACGUCAUUGAUACAAUCAAAGUGAACAUGCAGUUGUCAAAGCAACCUGUGCAGCAAAGGACUGUAGUUUCCAAUCUCCUCAUCACUGCUAGCACAAUAAUUAGCGACGAGGGUGUCACAGGCCUAUACCGAGGCCUUGGGGUUGUCAUGGGGGGCAUUGUUCCCAAAAUGGCGAUUCGAUUCACCUCAUACGAAUGUUAUAAACAAAUGCUCACCAACAAAGAUAGUCUGCAAAUAUCACGUCAAGGAACUUUUAUUGCUGGUUUGGCUGCAGGCGUCACCGAAGCCGUUUCUGUUGUUAAUCCUGUUGAAGUCGUCAAGAUUCGGCUACAGGCGCAGAAUGCCCAGUUACGAGUCUCACCCCAGAUACCAACUAGCUUAAAGCAGCAAAAUAGUACUCUCCAUACCGUGGUCACAAUCAUGCGUGUUGAGGGCAUCAGCUCCUUGUACCGUGGUGUAGUUUUGACAGCACUGCGACAGGGUACAAACCAAGCCGCCAACUUCACAGUGUACAACGAGCUCAAGAUGCUAUUGACACAAGAUCGAGACUCAAGGAUGCUGCACAAACAUAGAAAUUCAACUAAUACUUCUACAACAAGCGAGAUCCCUCCCUACCAAACCACCAUAAUUGGUCUAAUUGCCGGCGCCGUAGAGCGACGAUACAAGCGGCUGGGAAACACCGACUCGUUCUCCGACCCCGACCCCGACCCCGACUCCGACUCCGACACUUUGGAUAUUCGCACUCAACUCGGGGUUCAAAUCGGAAAGGCAGAAGACAAGUUCAUGAUGACAAGUUCAGAAAUUCCUUCAACGAGGACAGCGCUUGUCAAGACCGUCGCCGGUCAGGCUGUCAUAACCAAGCAACCCAUGCCGGCCCUAAAGCCUGGAUAUAUGCUCGUCCAAACAAAAGCUGUCGCUCUGAACCCUGCCGACGCGAGUGAUAUUGAUUAUGCUGGAGACGCAACUUUGCCAUUACCUGCCGGAAUUUCUCCUAGUCAAAGCCGGUACGAAGGGUGCAUCCCGGGCAUCGACUACGCGGGCAUCGUUGUGCAAGUCAUGCCACGCCUAGAGACCAACGCUUCGGAGAAUCACCAUACUGCUUAUUUGAAGUCAUUCAACCCGGGCGACCGAGUGUGUGGCCUUGCCUAUGGAUGCAAUGCACUGAGUCCGGAUCAGGGCGCUUUUGCUGAUUACAUUGUUGUCAGCACCGAUCUGCAGAUGCACAUGCCGGAGCAUAUGAGUUUCGAGGAAGCGGCGAGCUUAGGAGUCGGUGUGUUAGCGGCUGGAAUGGGAUUGUUCCGAGUUAGCAAACUCGGGAUUCCGUCUAAUAUAUGGAAUACUAUUUCGGAUGACACUGUUCGGUCCAAGGCCGACGAGGACAACAGUGUCGAUAAUCCAGAAUGGAUUUUGGUGUAUGGUGGUUCGACGGCAACAGGGAGUAUUGCCAUACAAUUUGCCAAACUAGCUGGAUAUAAAGUUGUAACGACAUGCUCUCCACACAACUUUGAACUCGUCAAACGUGUCGGUGCUGAUGCUGUGUUUGAUUACAAAAACGCAGAAAUAUCAUCACUUAUCAGGACGGUUACUUCGGAUACCCUUCACUUCGUUUUUGACGCCGUAGCUACCGAUGAGACAGCUGCAAUUUGUGUCAAUUCGUUAGCCUCAACCAACAAAGGCUUCAAAUUCGAAAGUCCAGCUUUAUAUAUUUCACUUCUCGACCCGAAGCUACCAGAAGUUGCACCUGUAGCUGUGGAAAAACGGUUCUUUCUAGGCUACUCGUGCUGGGGUUCUGAUUAUUACUUUGCAGGAAUGGUGCUACCUGCCGUCCUCGAGGAUUACUGGUUCGCUGUUGAAAUCACCAGUCUAGCUGAGAUUUUACUCGCGAAAGGUAAACUAAGAAACCACCCCAUAAGUGUGAAUGAGAACGUCUCAAAGCAGGGGGGACUGCAAGGGGUUUUGCUAGGGUUGGAUCUUUUGAGGAAUGGUGUUGUGAGCGGGCGUAAAUUAGUGUAUAGCAUGUAA